GUAACAAAUGUAGAAGAAAGAAAGAAAGAGUCUGAAACUGAGAAAAAAGAACAAGCAUCUGAGAAAAAAAUCAAAAAACGGAAAAAUCAAAGAAAGAAAAGCAAUCAAAAGGUGAGAAAUCAAAGGAUAAGAAAAAGGAGAUUUCAUCGAUCAAAGAACACGAAGUAAUUGAGAAAAAAGAUACUGUUGAAACAGAAAUGACACAAAUUAUAGAACAAUUUACAGAAAUUAAAAAAGAAGAAAUUAAAGAAGCAUCAAAAGAAGAAAAAAUUAUCACAGAAGAACUUGAAACUAUGAAAUCCUGUUCUUUAGAAAAAGAUACUAAUGUCGUAACUGAAAUAACAGAAACCGAAAAAUUAGUCAAUGGUAAAGCAAUAGAGAUAAUAGAUUUAGAUGCAAUUCAAUCUUCAACAAAAGAAGAAAAAACUAAACCUACAGAGAAAUCUAAGAAAGAAGAAACAAAGACAAAAUCUGGAAAACAGAAACAAUUCAAAGAGAAAGCUGAUAUUAAAGCUAAAUCUAUCCCAGAUAAAGAACCAAAGAAACAAGAUAAACAGGAAAUUAGUUCUCCAGAUUCAAAGAAGAAGCGUGAAGAAAAAUCGAAGAAAACAAACGACAUUCCAACACCAGUGUCUCAAGAAAUUGUAAGUGAAAUUUCUCCAGUAGAGUUUAAAAAGGAAGAGAGUCAAAUAGAAAUAAAAGAAGCAUUACAAGAAGAAAUUCAGCCAUCGUUGUGUACCAAAUCAUGGGCAUCAAUUGUUAGCAUGAAAGGAAAUACGGAAACAAUCAAUAAUUCUACAGAUAUUUCGAAAGUAACGUCUGAAGAAUCAAUACCUGAAACUCCAAAAUUAGAAAAAAUAGAAAAAGUAGAUGAAAUUGUACCUGAAGAACCGCAGAGUCCACCAGCAUAUCAAAAACGGAUGAAACAUCAAAAGAAAAAAGAUGCGAAACAAGAGAAGAAUGUUAUUGAGAAAGCCUCUUCUAUGAAUACUGAAAAUGAAAGAGAAAAAGAGAUAACUAUUGAAGAAUCACAAGAAUUGAUCACGAAAGACUCGAACAAAUCUUAUGCUCAAGUGGCUGCUUCCAAUAAAAGAACCUCUCCACAAUUUAAUCAAGAAGAUAUAAUAAUUGCUAAACCGAUUCCUAUUAUGCUUAAUCAAAGCAUUGAGAAAAAAGAAAUUGCACAGGAAGAAGCACUAAUAAUCACAGAAAUUGAAAAUAUUAAAGAAGAAACGAUUAAAUCUGAGGAAGAAGUAACAAUGGAUAAAAAGUUUGAUGAAUUAGUUAUUAAAAAAGAUGUCUUUAAAAUGGAAUCAACUUCGUGGGUAGAAGAAAUCGAGAAAGAAGCAUUAGAAGAAGAAAUUGAUUUUAAAUCUUCUAUUCAGGAUAUUGAAUCGCCGCAGAAAACGAAAGAUUCGUGGGCUGCUAUAGUUGGAAAAUAUGUCGAACCAUCAAAAAUUUCAUCACCUACAGUAAAAAAAGAGCGAACUAUCGAGCAACAUUCGUAUCCUCAGGUACAGAUUCAUGUAGAGCAAGCUCCAGAACCAGUACCCAUUGAAGAAGUAGUUCAGGUAGACGAACAAGGUUUCAUAGAAUUUGUAAAUCGAAAAGAAUUGCGAUCUAGACGAUCCAGAUCACGAUCUAGGAGUACCAGACGAGAUGAUGCAAAGCAAUCGAGCGAUAAACCUAUAGUUCCUGAAGAAAUUUUAGCAAUAGAACAGAAAGAGGAAAAUGCAGAGAAAAUAGAAGAGCAAAAGAAAAAGGAGACAAGCAAAGGAAAAGAAGAAAAAUCUAAGAAAGACAAACGUAAAGCAAAGUCAAAUAAUGCGGAUCGUAAUCAAAUAACGAAAGAGGAACAAGAAAAAGAGAAAAAUAAGACAAAGGUGAAUGAAAUCGAGGAAGAAACGACAGAAGAACCAAUUGAGCAAGAUAUAGAAAAAACCAACCAACCAAAAAAGAAAGGUAAAGGCAAAUCGAAAAUAAAAGAAGUUGAAAAAGAUCUGAAAGAAAAAAGUAAGGAAGAAAUUGCUGUUGAAAAAGUUGAGAAAAACCCUGAAGAAAAGAUAGAAAUAAAGGAAGGAAAAGAAAAAUUACAAGCUAUUGAGUUAGAAGUUCCAGAGACAGAUAAAAUAAUGGAAGUAAAUACACAAGAUAAGAUUGUAGAAAAGUCGAAAAUAGAAAUAAAAGAACAAUUCGGUGGUAAGAAGAAUAAAAAAUCGAAGAAAGGAAAAUCUGAUAAGGAACAACCGAAACAAGAAUCUAAAAAUAAGGAACAAGCUAAACAAACAGAUAAUGCUCAGACAACAGAAAUAGAGUUAAAAUUAAAGGAAGAAAUUACGAAAGAAUCAGAAAUUAAAAAUCAAGAAGAAACAAAAGAAAAUAUAAUAUCUGAAAUUGAAUAUAAAGAAAUUCAAGAAAAAUCAAACGAAAAUACGAUAACUGAAAGUGAACUUCUUCAAGAAACAAAAUCUGACAAACCAAUACAAUCAGAAAAAUAUAAGAAGAAAUCUAAAGAAAGAAAAGCAGAAAUAGAAACAUCAAAACAAGUCACUGAAGCAUUCAUUGAAGAAAAUAAAGUAUUCGAAUCUGAAAUACAAAAAGAAAUACCGAAAGAACAAUCAGAAGCAAAAGAUGUCCAAGAUAUAAAAGCAACUACAUCUGAGUUUGUUCAAGAAACAAUGUAUGAAAAACCAGCUUCUGGAAAACGUAAAGGAAAAUCAAAGGAUAAGAAAAAAGCAAUUACUACAGAAACAGCAAUUAAAGAGAAGGAAGUAUCUAAACCUGAAAUCAAAGAAAUAUUAAAAAAGGAACCAGAUGUUGAGGAAAUUAAAGAAAUUAAAGAAAUUGAGGAAGAACUAAAAACAAUAAUGAAAUCUGAAGACGAAUAUAAGUCUGAGAUUACUAAAAAAACAAAAUCUGAAAAAUUAGAACUUUCAGAAAAAAAUAAGGACAAAUCUAAGGAAGAGGAAGUCACUAAAAUUGAAGAAAAGAAAUUAUCCGAACUUAAAAUUAAAGAAAUUACAGCAGAAAUUGCAUUAGAUCAAAUUACUGAAACAUCAAUUGAAGAGAAUAAAAUAGUUAAAGAGAUUGAAGAAAAAAUAUCAGAAAAAGAAUUAAAAAUUGAAGAAGACAAGGAAGUUCAAAAAGAAAUACAAACAUCUAUAAAGUGUGAAAUUGAAAGCAAGCCUGAAAUUGUUGAACAAGUUGUUGAAACAAAAUUUGAAAAAUCUCCAAAAAAGCGUAAAGGAAAAUCUAAAGAAAAGAAAGUAGAAACUAUAUCAGAACAAAUCACUGAGAUAUCAAUUGACGAAAAGAAAUUAUCUGAAUUUGAAACUAAAAAAGAAAUAUCGAGUAUAGUAAAAGAAGUAGUAAAAGAAGAAGAAGUAAUUAAGCAGAAAAAAGAUGAUACUGAUCACACUAAACAGGAUACUGUAGAAAAGAAUAAGAUAGAAACAAUUACGAUAACAUCUGAAAAGUUAAAAGAAAAGGAGAACUCUGGAAAAGAAUCAACAGAAUCACUACAAACAAUCGCUAGAGAAAUUUCAGAUAGUAAAACAGAAACAAUAGAAGAGAAAGAAGAAGCAAAAAUUGAGCAAACAGAAGACAAAUCUAAAGUUUCGAAAAAAGAAAAACGGAAACAAAAGAAAAAAGAAAAAUCAGCUACGAGAGCAACUAGCCAAGAAAAAUUGAAAAACGAAAAAUCAGAAAUGAUUUCACAAGAACAGAAAGAAGAAAUAAAUAUGAUAUCCAAAACAUCAGAUGAAUUAAAGGCAGAAGAAAUAUCUACAGAAAUUAUUUUAACUAAUGAAAACAAAGAGAAAAAAGAAACUAAUGAAAUAUCUAAAGAAAUUGAAAAAUUAAUUCUUUCUGAAGUAAUUCCUGAUGAAAUAAAGCUUGUACCAGAAACUAUGCCUAUACCAAUAUCCAAAGAAGAAAUAAAAGUUAUUAAAGAGAUAGCAGAAUUGCCAAAACCAGCUGAAGAAAAAGAAAUAAUUUCUGAUAAAAUCAAACUUCUUCCAGAAGCUAUCUCUAUACCAGUAUCUGAAGAAAUACAUUCUAUUAAAGAAAAAACAGAGCUGUUAAAACCAAAAGAAAAUGUAAUUUCUGAUAAAAUGAAACUUGUUCCAGAAUCUUUAUCUAUAUCAAUAUCCAAAGAGGAAAUACAAUCUAUUAAAGAAAUAAUAGAGCCAAAACCAAUUGAAGAAAACGAAGAAAUUAUAAAUAAAACAAAAGACAUUGCUGAAGAAAAAAAAGAAAUAAUUAAAUCAGUAAUAGAAAAACAGGAAGAGUCUAAAAAAUCGAAACGCAAGAAUAAACAAGCAAAGAAAACUACAUACGAAGAAGCAGAAAUGGAAAUAAAAUCUGCAGAUGAAGAUCUAUUAUCAUCAAAGAUUGAAAAAGAUAUUGAAAUAUUAAGCACAGGUUCUUCUACUCCAACUCCAGAUAUUCCAAAAGAAAUCCUUCAAAUUGAAGAAAAGACUUUAAACGUAACGAUACCUGAACCAAAACUAGAAGUUAAUGAUAUAUUAAUAAUUGAUGAGAUUAAAAAGGAUGAAAAAGAAAUUAAAAACAUGACAGAGGAAAUUGUUCUUGAAAAAGAAAAGAAACAAAUAGAAGAAAAAAUAUUUUCUAAAACUCAAGAAGAAAUUGAAUUUAAUCUACAGAAAAUUGAAGAAACACCAUCGCCUUCUCCUAUAAAAAAGAAAGCUACGAAAGAAGAAAAAUCUAAAAUAAAAAAAAUAAAAGACAAAGGAUAUGAAGAUAAAUCUAAGAAUGAUGAUAAAGAAAUUCAUGAAAUAAAAUCACUAAUUACCGAAGAAAAGACAGUAGACAAGAUUUCUGAAAUUAUAGAAGAUACAAUCAUUCCACUUGAAGAAAAACCAACAGAAACCAUUAAAUCAACUGAAGUAACGAUAAAUGGUACAUUGAAAGAAGAAAUUGACGAGAUUGAAAAAGAGAUAAUUAAAAUAGAAGAAAUCGAAGAGAUAUAUCCAGAAAUUGUGAAAGAAAAUAUAAUCCAAGAAAUCGACAAAGUCCCAGAACAAUUUAUACCGAUCGAAAAGUUAUUAGAUGAGAUCGAGUCACCCAUAAUAAUAGACUCGAUCGAAUCCCAAUUAGAAACCGAGGAAGAAUUCGAGAAAUGUAUAUCGAGUGAACCAGAAAUAGAGACGGUCGACAUCGUAAUCGAACCAGCAAAACCAAAAGUACAAUUUUACAUAGCCGAUGAAAUUCUAGUUCUAAGCCCCGAGAAAAAGAAGCCUGUCCAGACUCCUCUAAUCUUAAAGACCCUGUCGGAACUCAGUAGGUCCAAGUUUCUCUCUCUUGAUAGCGGUUUCUGGCCUGAUAAACAUCCAUAUCACGAGGCUGAACGCUAUCUAUUCGAGAACUUGGCUAAUUAUCCAAAAGAAAAUACUUCGAGUGAUAUUAAACGCGAUUCUAACGAUCCGGACGAUUUUAACGGGGAUCAGAAUGAUGGUAAUUUGAAUAAUCGCGGUGGAAAUGGUGGUCCCAUGAAUUCUUUUUUCUUAGGUGGACCUCAUACCGAGCGUUUGAUAGCCGAUCUUCCAGGUGGUAUAGGUAGCUGGAGCGAUUACAGUACUUACUUGUCGAGCGAGAACGAGCAGAGAACGGAUCAGACCACGGAGCUGGUCCAGGAAAAGAUCGAAAAUCCAACGUUAGAUCUAACUCUUCCCUCAGACGAGGUAGUUUCCGAAUUAUCCUCCGUUCACCUCGAGGAUGAUCAGUCUAUUUCCAAAUUUGAUGAAUUGUCGCUCGAAUCUGUUCCUACGACAUCGGAAAAUUCUGAGGAGAUCAAAUUACAAUCAUUGUCCACUGUCGAAGUGUCCCCUCUCGGUGAACAACCUUCUAAGUUAGAUCACGAAUUUUUUACUGCGGUUGAACGACUAGAAUCCACCUGUUCCGAUCCAUCAUGUGAAAUAUUUCCAAUACCAAAUAUCCCUGACCAUGGUCCAGAUCCUAAGGAAAAUUUAGGUAUUGAAAGAGGAUCGAUGCAGCGGCGCACUCCAAUCACGGAGAGAGAGAUGGGGGUAGCUGAGGAUGAGGCUGAAAAGAGGAUACGAGGGAUCAAGGAUAUCAUACAGGAACGUCUAAUGGUUUUACAAUUGAGUCUUUCGAACUUAAAAGGAACUUAUUUACCACGAGAUAACAUAGAUACUAUGCUCUCUGCACUCACGAAUUUGAUAACGGAACUUCAAAAUUAUGAUCAAGAGACGCAUCAUUUGGAAGAGGAAUUGCAUAAAAUACCAGCCGAUUUAGAGGCUCAAAAGCUUCUGUCCAAUCUAGAAGAAAUUCAGACUAAAAUUACAACCUUGUUGACGCAAGCGGAACAAGGGCGUGCCACCCUUGAGGGUGCACGUGGACAACAAGAACAACGCGGCCACGACAUUCAUGCGUACAAAAAAUUCUUGGAUGAAACAGAUAGUUGGUUGAAGGAUAUCGUGGCUAGUAUGAAACAAGAACCACCGAUCGCUACGAACAAGGCUUUACAGGAUGAGUUGAGCAGUCACGCGCAGCGGGUAUCGGAGCUUGAAUCUUUGCCAGAGAUCAGCACAUUGGCAAAAGUCCUGAAGAAUGCGCUGUUGGAGGUGAUGUCGCGUCUGCAGCAAAGGCAGCAGGAAAUUCGCGACGAAGAAGCGCGAGCCGAUGAAACGUCAGAUCGAGACGAUGCUACCCUCGAUCAAGCACCUUCGAUUCAUUCUUCCCUCGAAAGUAAUAUGCCAUCUCUAGCUGACGUUUCCUUGCAGACAGGACAAAGUUUGUUAGCCAACGAGAUCGUCGAGAAACCGCAACAACUCACCAAACAAACUUCCACCAAUCAAAUUCCGAUCGCGACAGAAUGUCAUUCAUUGACUACCCAAACCGUGGACACAGUACACCCUGCCAUGGAGAGCAUGCAAACCCAAGAAACGAUAAAGAUUCUAAAAACCACGGAAGGUGAUCACGACGUUAUCGAGAUAGCCACGAAGAACGUGCCAACUUCAGCUCAGGAAAUCGUUCAAGAUCGUCCCGAGCAAAUAACCGAAGACAUCGUUGUUGACAUGAAAUAUCAAGAUCCCACGAACACUGAUAACACCACCAGUGAAUUAAAUAUCGUCCAUGCUGCUCCACAAUCGUUCGAGACUGUUUUGGUCGAACCUGACGACGUGACUACCGAAGUGGUUGUAGAUGAAGAUGGUUCUAAGAGGAUAAUAGUAAGGAAAUUGAGGCGAACUACGAUGACUAGUAGACAAACAACUCAACAACAUCUGUCUUCGACAUCCACCGCCAUUGGUGAUGCUCCAUCCGUAGUGCAGGCUUUCUCAGAGGCUACCAUGAAGGAUCAACAAGUCACUAUAACUACCACGAAACCAGAUGGUACAAUAGAAACUGUUACGAAACAGAUACAUGGAGGAAGAGUAGCCACCGGUACACCUUUCAAAGAUGUGAAUGUGGAUGAAUACGAGUCAUCUCCGCAAUAUACGCAUAUGGUGACUCAAGGGCACAUUCGAGACAUCAGUCCUCAACCAUUCGAAGAGGGAAUUUUAAUGGAAGGUGGAGAAUAUCGGGCAAAAACUUCUAGCGUGCACGCUGUGGUGCAACAAGUAACUAGGAGAGUGGUUAGGAAGACUAGAAGAAUUAUCAGAAAGGUUACUAUCAUCGAUGGUAAGGAAACUGCCACUGAGGAGAUAAUAGAGGAGCCUGAAGAAGUGGAGAUCGAUGAAAAGAAUAUUCCACACAUAAGUAUCAAUGUGAUUAAGCAAGAGGAGCAAAGAAAUCUUGGUAAAGAUGAAGGAAUUGAAGAGAAGGAUCGCAUCGUGGUUGAGGAUAUUACUGAGAAAGAAGAUGAAGAGGACAGAGAUUCGAAAGUGGAAAAAAUUGUUGAUGAUAUACCUAUGCAAGGACCAUUCUUUGGUGCAUUUGCUAAAGAUAUGCACCCAAGCACGACUUAUUUAGUAACAGAGAGAGAGGAGCCAUUGCCUGACAAGAAAGACACUCUAACAACAGAAAAGAAGGAGGAAAAAAUUGAUAUAAAUGUUCGAUCAGAGAAGGCUUUGGAAAAUCCAUUGGAAUUUUCAGUUGCAGACAUUCAAGAAUCUUUACAUGGUCUAGAAGAAUCUUUAUUACAGAGUGAAAGAAGUGACAAAUCAUUAAAAAUAAUCGAAAAGAAAGUUGCACCAGCUGAUAAGUACGAGCACGAGCAUUUUUUGGUCGAGGUAAAUGGCAAAAAGUUCCUUCAAUCGACCAGCCAGGCGUUUAUCGAUGCUGAAGUAUCGGCUACUUUGCAGAGCCCGAGUCAAGAGAUCAAGAUACAAGAAUCACAAGUACAGAAAGAGUUAGCUAAAUCUUCGAUCGAAUCUAUCGUGUCAGAGGACCUGGCGAGCGUGACUAAAGAGACUUGUAAGUUUGUCGAUGCACCAGUAAGCAGAGAAACACUCCGUAUCGAGGUAGAAGAUCGCACGGUAGAUGUAGAAAAGCACCAUGACACUAGAGGCACCGUAGAUGUACCUGUCCUAGAAGAAAAAUCUUCAAUAGAAAAAUGGAUGAAAGAGAAAUCAGAAUCAUUGACAAAAUUAGCUUCGACGGAGGUACAAAAGAGAGUUCACGUUUCAGAAGAACGACCAGUUCAGAUCGAAGAGAUAGUUCCUUCGACUUCAACACCAACCGAGAGGAAAAGGCAUGUGGAACUGGAAGCAUUACCGAUUGACGUGAAACAGCAGAUAGUGAAGAAUUCUUUCGUUCCAGAGAUCGAUUAUUCGAUCGAUGAUUACAUGGACGAGGCACUGAAACCGGAAUACAAACCCAUCUUCCAUAAAGUAGAGAUAUCUCUGGCUGUAAAGAGAGAAGGUGAAGAAAUGCAACCUACAGUGUCAGUGAGGAGUCAAUCUGAACCGGAAGCGGCUCCUUAUCGCUUAGUGAAGGAAGAUGUCGACAUCAGACUUCCAGCAGACAAAGAGAGCAUCUCGGUGAUUCACGACAAAAUUGUUCAAACAUCUCCACCAAUGAUUGAAUCUAAAGUUAUCGGUUUAGAUAAGUCUGUCGGUGGUUCAGAGAAAGAAAUUGUCACAUCGGAUAAAUCUAUCAUUACAUCUGAGAGAGAGGAGACUGACAAAUCGAUCCUUACUUCAGAAAAAGAAAUCGUCAUGUCUGAAAAAGAAGAAACUGACAAAUCAAUCAUCACCUCAGAAAAAGAAGAAAUUUCUGAUCAUGUUAUCACAUCAGAGAAAGAGGAUGAAUGUUUGACAGAAUCUACGGUAGAACCAGAAGCAGAAGCAAUUAUACAAUUGGACAAGAAGAUCGAAAAACAGAUUGAAUCACCGAUGCUGUCCAUGGAAACGAAAUCGAGCGUUUCUUUAGUGUCCAACAUUGGAGAUUCGAUGGAAAUUGAUGUACCGUUGUCUGAUUCGUCGAAGCACGUGAGCGAAGCACCACAACCUGAUAUCGCGAAAAUGUUUGAAUCUAGGGAAGUAGAAUUGUAUUUGAAAGAGGAAACAUCGGAAGGAGAAGAUGGUUACGAGGCGGAUAGAACAAUCGUGACAACCACACCAGAUGAUGAAACUGUGACGAAAACGAAGAGGAGGAAGAAGAAGAAACAGAGGGUACGAAGUUCUAAGGACGAAGAACAAACCGAAUUCCCUAAGACAACCACCGAUGAUGGAGAAUUCACGGACGAUGAGACGCUGGCAGAAAGCGAGGAUGCAAAAGCUACGAAGAAGAAAAAGAAGAAAAAGAAACGGGAAGAGAUUGACUUCGGUAAAGAAAAAAUCGUUCCAAUCAUGAUCAUGGCAGAUACUCAAACUGUUCCUCGAGAAUUCAGUGUCUCCAUUGCUACAUCCCCGAAACAGGAGACGGUAUCAGAGAUUUAUGUUCAAACGUCGCCCCAUUUAUUGGAAGACGUUAAACUGAAAAUCGAAGAGAUUCACGAACAAGUGCAAACUUCUCCUCCAAUUUCGCUAGAAGAAUUGGAAAAGUCUGAAACACCCAAAGUGAAAGAAGUUCACGCGGAGAUGCAAACUUCUCCAUUGUCUGCUUCGGAUUUCGGUAUGCAAACUGUAUCGGAAGAGAAAUCAGAACCUGAAAAACCGAUUAUACAACACUCAGAAAUGCAAACAUCGCCAUUACCAGCUUCAGAUUUUAGUGGUCAAACCGUUGAAGAAGAGGUGCCCAAAAUUGAAGAAAUAAGUACUCAGACCAUGGAAUCACCUGUCAAAGAAAUGGAAGAAUAUGCUGUUCAAACGAGUCCAAUCGAAGAUAUCAAGCCAGAAGUUGUUCCGAUCGAAACCGAGGAAAUUCAUGUUCAAACUGUGGCCACAGAAGUAGUUUCCAUCGAAGCACAAACAUCACCCACUGCGCCAUCCAUGGAAAUUGAAACGCAGACCGCGGAAAAAGUCGUGGUCGCCGUUGAACAACAAACUACUCCACCUCCAACAGAAGAAAAGAUUCUAACUGGAAUAGCUGUUCAAACGGUAACUCCUGAAACACCCAAAACUAUAGAAACGGAAGCACAAACUAGUAAACCGACCACUCCAGAAAUAACAACGUUGGACUUCAAUGUGCAGGCGGAUCUAAUAGAACAGCCCAUCGUCGAUGUAAUGGAAACUCAAACGACACCAGAGGAGAGUCCACGACAAGCGGAAACUCACGAAACUGAGUCACAGACGAUUCAACCGGAGCCAACUCAAGAAAUCAUGAUUCAAACUUGUCCAGUUACUUUUGCUCCGGAGAAAGUCGAGGUUUGCGAGUUAUCUUCUCAGACUAGCUUGGAAGAGAUCAAGAGAUCGAUAGAUGAACAAUCUCAGACCAUAACGCCGGAGAAGAUAGAAACGUUGGAUAGCUCGAUACAAAUAAAGACAAGCGAAUUAAUAGAACAGAUAGAAGAAAGCGUGCAGAUCGUUCCUGAAACACGGGAGAAAAGUGAGCAAACGAGUAUCGAAGAGAAGAAACCGUUGCUGGUGACGUCUUCUCAACAAACAAAUGGAGUGCAAAUUGCCGAUUCAGAAAAAGAAUUUGUAGUCGAAGAUGAGAAAGGCAACUUGGUGGAGGCCAUGAUAGAUGAGGUUGACGCGUCGAUGGAGAUAAAGGCACCUCUGAUACUUACAGAAAUUCCAGUAGCACCUGAUGUACAAGUACAAGAAACUAAGGAGUACGUGGAUACGAAAACUGAAGAAGUAACAGAACCGGUGUCUGUUAUUGAGGAGCCUUUAAAAAUAGAAGAAUUAAGAAUGAGAGCUCUCAGGGUAUCUCUGAUGUAACAGAGCCUAAGUCGGAAAGCGAAGAAACGAUGGCGCCUUCGUUGGAGGAGACGGAAACAGCGGAUGCUGGAUUUGAGAUUCGUUUGCAGGCAACCAUAGAAUUGUGCCCCGAUGAGACUACGGACACUACUAGUAAAUUAACCGAUAGUUCGCGAGAUACUACUAUUACCGAAGAUCUAAGUAUCACGGGAAAAGUAGAAGACAGUAGCGUCGCGAAAAGACAAAAACGUAAAAGGAGACAUAAAACCAUUGAAAUUUCGGCGACGAGUGAAAAGGAUCUGGAAUCUAUAUUUGGACAGCCUGUAGAAUCGAAAGAUGUUUCUCUGAAAUUGUCUUAUUCCGACGUUGCUAAGAAAAAUGUGGGCAAGGAGAAGUCACCUCCUAGAGAAGAUGCUGAAAAAGAUUUUGAAAAUGACGAAUCUGUACAGAAGGAAUCUCCAAAGUUUAUACCGGAAGAGAGAGUGAAAGAAGUUGAAGAAAAGAUAGA